ACAACAGCUGCCCCAACAACAACCACAACAACCGCCCCCACGACAACAACUACAGCUGCCACAACCACAACAACUACAGCUGCCCCAACAACAACCACAACAACCGUCCCCACAACAACAACUACAGCUGCCCCCACCACAACCACAACAGCUGCCCCAACAACAACCACAACAACUGCCCCCACGACAACAACUACAGCUGCCCCAACAACAACCACAACAACCGCCCCCACGACAACAACACCAACAACAACCACAACAACCGCACCCACGACAACAACUACAGCUGCCCCAACAACAACCACAACAACCGUCCCCACAACAACAACUACAGCUACCCCCACCACAACCACAACAGCUGCCCCAACAACAACCACGACAACCGCCACCACGACAACAACUACAGCUGCCAUAACCACAACCACAACAGCUGCCCCAACAACAACCACAACAACCGCCCCCACGACAACAACUACAGCUGCCCCAACAACAACCACAACAACCGCCCCCACGACAACAACUACAGCUGCCCCAACCACAACCACAACAGCUGCCCCAACAACAACCACCACAGCAGCACCAACAACAACCACAACAACCGCACCCACAACAACAACUACAGCUGCCCCAACCACAACAACUACAGCUGCCCCAACAACAACCACAACAACCGUCCCCACAACAACAACUACAGCUGCCCCCACCACAACCACAACAGCUGCCCCAACAACAACCACAACAACCGCCCCCACGACAACAACUACAGCUGCCAUAACCACAACCACAACAGCUGCCCCAACAACAACCACAACAACCGCCCCCACGACAACAACAACAGCUGCCCCAACAACAACCACCACAGCAGCACCAACAACAACCACAACAACCGCACCCACAACAACCACAACAACAACCACAACCACAACCACAACAGCUGCCCCAACAACAACAACAACAACCAAAACAGCUGCCCCAACAACAACCACAACAACUGCCCCAACAACAACUACAGCUGCCCCAACAACAACCACAACAACCGCCACCACAACAACAACUACAGCUGCCCCAACAUCAACUACAACAGCUGCCGUAACAACAACAACCACAACAACCUCCCCCACGACAACAACUACAGCUGCCCCAACAACAACCACAACAGCUGCCCCAACAACAACCACAACAACCGCCACCACAACAACAACUACAGCUGCCCUAACAACAACCACAACAGCUGCCCCAACAACAACAACAACAACAACUACAACAGCUGCCGUAACAACAACAACCACAACAGCUGCCCCAACAACAACAACAACUACUGCCCCAACAACAACAACCCCUACAACAACAACUACAGCUGCCCCAACAACAACCACAACAGCUGCCCCAACAACAACCACAACAACUGCACCAACAACAACUACAGCUGCCCAAACAACAACCACAACAACUAACAACCACAACUGCAGCACCAACAACAACAACUGCUCCAACAACAACCACAACUGCUACACCAACAACAACUACAACUGCCCCAACAACAACCUCAACAAGAACAACUGCUGCUUCAACAACAACUACAACUGCAGUGACAACUGUAGUUGCCCCAACAACAACCACAACAACUGCCCCAACAACAACCACAACACCUUCCCAAAGUACAACCACAACAGCUUCUCCAACAACUACAACUGUAGCCUCGAGAACAACUUCUCCUGCUGCUCCAACAACAACUCCAACAACUGCGCCAACAACAACAACAACUACCCCUACAAUAAUCUCAAGUAUCCCGACUACAAAAACAUCAGCAACUACCCCAACAACAACCACAACUACAUCAACAACUACAUCCACUACAACAACAUCAGCAACGACCCCAACAACAACCACAACUUCCCCAACAAUUACAACCACUUCAACGACAUCAGCAACGACAACAGCAACCUCAACUACCCCAACAACAACCACAACUACCCCAACAACAAGUACAACAAGUACAACCACUACAACGACAAAAGCAUCUACCCCUACAACAACCUCAACAACCAGAACUACUGCAAGAACCACCUCCUCUGCCAUGGCACCAACAUGACAGCUGUAGAUCCUGUCAGUCCUGAAAUCUCUACGUUGCGUGGUGGGACUGUAGACGUGACUUGUACUGACAUGCCUGAAAUCCUGCAGGCAGAACAGUAA